AUGGUGUUCGAAAGUCACCUGGUCGCGCGUGCGUCUCAGGACGACCCGAGCGACAGCUCGCCGUCGCUGUCCAGCUUGGUGACCGUACUGAUUCCCUCGGCGGUCAUUGCCGCCGUCAUGGUGCUAGCAUUCAUCAUCCUGCGCAAGCGUUUCCGUCGAAUGUAUAUGCCUCGAACCUAUAUCGGAUACCUGAAGCCCUGGCAACGCACCCCCGACACCCCCACUGGAGCUUGGGAUUGGAUCAAGGCCAUGUACAAGCUCCCCGACACAUACGUGCUGCAACAUCACUCUAUGGACGCCUACUUGAUGCUGCGCUUCCUUAAGCUCUGCUCGGUUAUCCUCUUCGUCGGUUGCUGCAUCACCUUCCCCAUCCUGUGGCCCGUCAAUGCCACGGGUGGUGGUACUGGAAAGGAGCUCGACCUGCUGAGUAUCUCCAACAUCUCCACCGACUCCGCCGGUCGCUACUUUGCGCACUGCUUCGUUGCCUGGAUCUUCGUUGCGUUCGUCUUCUUCAUGGUCACCCGGGAGCACCUCUACUACAUCAACUUGCGCCAGGCCUACCUCUUCUCGCCAGCCUACGCCAGCCGCAUCUCCUCGCGCACUGUGCUUUUCACCGCUGUCACGCCCGACUUGCUCCAGAAGGAGAAGGUCCGCACCAUGUUCGGUCGCGACAAGGUCAAGAACGUGUGGAUCGCAACUGAUACCAAGGAGCUUGAGGAGAAGGUCAAGGAGCGCGACGGCGCCGCGAUGAAGCUCGAGGCCGCCGAGACUAAGCUCAUCGUCAUGGCCAACAAGGCGCGCAACAAGGCGCUGAAGAAGCAGGGCUCCACUGAGAACCCGGAGACCGAAAUUGGUGAUGGUCAAUUUGAUGACGAGUCUGGCUCAACCGCUGCCCGCUGGGUUGAGGCCAAGAAGCGCCCUACUCACCGUCUCAAGAUGCUUAUUGGAAAGAAGGUCGACACUAUCAACUGGGCCCGCUCUGAGAUUGAGCGCCUGAACCCCGAGAUUGAGGAGUUGCAGGCCAAGCACCGCGCCGGCGAGACUAAGCUUGUCUCGUCCAUCUUCGUUGAGUUCUACCACCAGGCUGAUGCUCAGGCUUCUUACCAGUCUGUUGCUCACAACCUUCCCCUUCGCAUGAGCCCUCGCUACAUCGGUCUCGACCCUACUCAAGUUAUCUGGUCCAACCUGCGCAUCAAGUGGUGGGAGCGCCUCGUUCGCCAUGCUGCUACCAUCGCCUUUAUUUGCGCACUGAUCAUCUUCUGGGCCAUUCCUACUGCCGUUGUUGGUGCCAUUUCCAACAUCGAUUCCUUGACCGACAUGGUUCCCUUCCUGAAGUUCAUCAACUCCGUCCCAGGUUGGAUUAAGGGUGUGAUCACUGGUCUUUUGCCCACCAUUUUGAUGUCUGUCCUCAUCGCGUUGGUUCCCAUCAUCAUGCGUCUGAUGGCCAGAUGGGGCGGUCAGCCCAGCAUGGCUGCUAUUGAGUUGACUGUCCAGAACUGGUUCUUCGCCUUCCAGGUCAUCCAAGUGUUCCUCGUCGUCACUCUCGCCUCUGCGGCAACCAGUGUGGUGACAAAGAUUAUCGACGACCCUUCAUCGGCCGCCUCGCUUCUUGCAACGAAGAUCCCUAAGGCGGCUAACUUCUACAUUUCUUACAUCAUUUUACAAGGUCUUUCUUUCAGCGCUGGUGCGCUUCUCCAGAUCGCCCCCUUGAUCCUCGGUAAGGUUCUCGGUACCCUCCUGGAUGGUACCCCUCGCAAGAUGUACGUCCGGUGGGCGAGCUUGGCUGGUCUCGGUUGGGGCACAGUCUACCCCAUAUUCACCCUGUUGACCGUUGUCGCUAUCACCUACUCUUGCAUUGCCCCUCUCGUCAUGGGCUUCGGCACCAUCGGUCUCUACUUGUUCUACUUCGCCUACCGAUACAACAUUUUGUACGUGUCAAACGCAAGCAUCGACACUCAGGGUAGAUGCUACACUCGUGGUCUUCAGCACCUCACCGUCGGAUGCUACCUGUCCAUGGUCUGUCUGAUCGGUCUGUUCGCCAUGGCCUCUGGCUCCAACCAGCUGGCCGUCGGCCCGCUGGUCCUGAUGGUGAUCUUCUUGAUCUUCGUCAUCCUCUACCACAUGUCGAUGAAUACCGCCAUGGAGCCUCUCCUCAACUACCUCCCUAAGAACCUCGAGGCUGAGGAGGAAGCUCUUCUUGCCGCGGACCGCAACACCAUCUCCAAGUCCACCUCGGAGGAUCUGCAAGCUCCAACCGCCUCCACCGAUGCCCCCCGCGACAGCGGAGUCAACGUCGACAAUGGAUACAACGGUGUCGGCAACGUCGACUCCGCCGAGAAGGGUCUUACCGCGACCUCUGAUGAGCCAAAGCCCAACUUCCUCACCAAGUUCCUGCGCCCCGACAAGUACGCCAACUACCACCAGCUCCGCAAGCUUGUGCCAACUGCCGAUCCUAUCACAUACCCCGCAGAGGCUGAGCGUGAUGCCUACUGCCACCCAUCUAUCUCCUCGCAGCCACCUCUUCUUUGGAUCCCCCGUGAUCCUCUUGGCGUUUCCUCCCAGGAAGUUGCACACACCAUGCGUGUCAUCCCCAUCACCGACGAGGAUGCCUACCUGGAUGAGAAGUGCAAGAUCCAAUGGAACGAGGAGAAGGGCCAGCCUCCUAUCUACGAGGAGAAGAUCUCUUACUAG